AUGGAAAAACAUGAUCAUGCAAUUAUAAUGGGUGGAAGUAUAGCUGGAAUGACAACAGCUGCUUAUUUAUCAAAAUAUUUUAAACGAAUAACAAUUAUUGAAAGUGAUGAUGUAUUAAAUGAUAUUUUAAUGAAAUCAACACCUGAUGAAUUAUUAGAAUAUCGUUGUAAUUUAAAAAAUGCUAAUUCAUUAGGUCGUGCAGGUGUUAGUCAAAGUUAUCAAAUUCAUGUUUUACAAGGUCAAGGUAGUAAAAUAUUAUUUGAAUUAUUUCCUAAUUUAAAAAAUAAAUUAUUAAAUAUUUAUGGUGCUAAAAUUGCAUCAUUAAAUAAUGAAUUUCGUUUUGCUAUUGGUGAUGUUUUAUUAAAUACAAAUUUAACUGAAGAUCUUUCUUGGUUUUGUAUUGAUCGUUUUACAUUAGAAACUGUUUUAAGAAGAGAAUUAUGUUUACAAUAUAAUAAUCAACAAAUUCAAUGGUUAUCUAAUACAAAAGUAACACAAUUAAUUGUUAAUCAAUCAACUAAUUCAGUUCAUGGAGUUCAAUAUCGAUCGAAAUUAAAUUCAACUGAACAAAUUGAUAUGUAUGCUGAUUUUAUAAUUGAUUGUACAGGAAGACAUACAUCAUCUUUAAAAUGGUUAAAACAAAAUUUUAAUUUAAUUAUUCCAACUGAACAAUUACAUGUUGGAACUGGUUAUGUUUCAUUUGUUGGUGAAAGAUUUAAAACAGGAAAUACUCAAUUAGAUUCAAUAUCUGUUGGUGGACAUGCAGUUCAUGCUCCACAUUUUAAUAAAGGUUUUCUCACAACACCAAUUCGACAAAUAAAUACUUCGGAUAAAAAUUCUUUAGGAUUAUUAUCUAAUUUUGCUGUAUAUUGUGUAAAUAAUGAAUAUCCACCAAAUGAUUCCGUUGAAAAUUUAUUAGAAUGGGUUAAAGAAUAUCUUCCAAUUGAUUAUUAUUUAAUAUUAAAAUCAACAAACAUUUUAAGUCCAUUACUUCCAUAUCGACGUGCUUUUGAUGAUAGAAAAUAUGUUGAAUUAGUUGGAAAAAAUUGGCCUGAAAAUUAUAUUUUAUUAGGUGAUUCAAUGUGUGUUUUUAAUCCAAAAAAUGGUCAAGGUAUGACUCAUGCAUGUCGACAAGCAAAACAAUUAGAGAAAAUUUUUCAAGAAAAUUAUCAAUUAAAAGAUAUUUCAUAUAUUUAUAAUCAACAAGCUUCAUCAAUAAGUGAAGAAUGUUGGCUUGGUUCAAUAACAAAUGAUUGGGCUGUACCAACAUUAAAAUUAAUUAAAACAGAUAGAAAUGGUUUAACAAAAACUUAUCAAAGAACAAAUGAUUCAACAUUAAAUUGUCUUCAACCAAAAAUGCCUUUAUUUAUGCAAUUUUUACAAUGGUAUACUUAUUGGUUAAUUAAAUGUGCUGAACAAUCAGGAGAAUUAACAACAGCUUUUAUUCAUGUUGUUUUUCAAGAAAAAUCUCCUUAUUCAUUAUUAAAACCAAAAUUUUUAUGUAAAAUUCUUUAUACAUCAAUUAUAAAUUCUUUUUAUUUAGCUCAUAAAUCUCGUUCAACUGAUUAUUAA